AUGUUCUUUAUUUUUGCCACAUUUAAAUCUUUAUCAUUAUUGUUUUUCUUCUUUCUUCUCAUACUUUAUCUUUUUCGCAAUUUGUCUUUUUUACUCUAUCACCACCCCUUUUUUUUCUUUCGUUGCUUUUUUCCUCCCAAGAUCUUCCUUUCUCACGUUCCCUUCGUCAUUGUUCGUUUUUUUUGUGUCAUUUUUCAGACUUUUUCUUGCCAUUUUUCAGACUUUUUCUUGCCAUUUUUCAGACUUUUUCUCUUUCUUAUUUUAUCGUCUAAUUUCUCUCUCUCUCUCUCUCUCUCUCUCUCCUUCCUUCUAUUGAAACGUCCUUUCACCAUUCUUUUUCUUUCUUUCUUUUUUCUUUGUCAGUUUUUCUUUCUUUCUUUUUUCUUUGUCAAUUUUUCUUUCUUUCUUUUUCCUUUCUCGGUUUUUCUUUCUUUCUUUUUCCUUUGUCAAUUUUUCUUUCUUUCUUUUUCCUUUGUCAGUUUUUCUUUCUUUCUUUUUCCUUUGUCAAUUUUUCUUUCUUUCUUUUUUGUCAUUUUUUCUUUCUUUCUUUUUUUUUUUUUCUUUCUUUUCUUUUGUCAAUUUUUUUUUUUUCCUUUGUCAUUUUUUCUUUCUUUCUUUUUCCUUUGUCAAUUUUUCUUUCUUUCUUUUUCCUUUGUCAGUUUUUCUUUCUUUCUUUUUUCUUUGUCAAUUUUUCUUUCUUUCUUUUUCCUUUGUCAAUUUUUCUUUUUUUCUUUUUCUUUUCAAUUUUUUUUCUUUUUUCAAUUUUUCAAUUUUUCUUUUUUUUUUUUCCUUUGUCAGUUUUUUCUUUCUUUCUUUUUUCUUUGUCAAUUUUUCUUUCUUUCUUUUUUCUUUGUCAAUUUUUCUUUCUUUCUUUUUUCUUUGUCAAUUUUUCUUUUUUUCUUUUUCCUUUGUCUGUUUUUCUUUCUUCCUCUCGUUGAUCUCUCUUCUUCAGUUUCCUCUUUUAUCCAUUUUUUUUCCCUUUUCUUAUAUUUAUACCCUCUUUCUGUUGAAUAUCAAUACAAAAGCACGCGAAGAAUCUACCAAAAAAAAACUUUUAUUUCUCUGUGUGGAUGA